AAAUACCAAAACUAUUUUUUGUAAAUAAAUUGUAUGUACAUUUAAAAUAAAAUAAAAUUUAUCCUGCAAUAGUGCUUAAUUAAUCCUAGUAUUUUUUGGAAAACAAGUAUUCAAACAAAGUUUAAACAUUUAUAAUGCUCGGAGGAGUGAGAUUGCAAGUUACUUACACGCACGAAAAGACUUGUUUUGCUUAUUUAAGUUCUAAAUACAGCACCAAUAAUGAACAGGGUCAAAGCAUCCAAGUGAUCUUCAAAGACCGCCAGCUGCUCCUAUGGGUAGUUUACAGCAACAGCGUCUCAGAGGGGCACCUAGCCUGCAACCCAAUACACGGCCGUCUGCUCGGCUUAGACGAGGGGACGGAAGUGUUCGUGUCUCCGUACGGAGAUGUCAAGGUGCUCGACGAGCUGUAUAUAGAUACGGAUAGUCCUGAUGAUCAGGAAAUAUUGGAACACAAUGCAGAGCUACUCCAGCUCCGAAUCCUCGAUCAACUCCGUCUGGUGGUGUCAGGCCAGAAAUGCGUUGUCUGGAUCUCCGUCUCUCUGCCCAUCAUCUUCACUCCCAAACAGACCGGUCUGCUGGUCAACCAGUCAAGGAUUAUCGUUAAAGUGGACGCGUUUAAUACGCUUCACCACAAUUCGGCACCAGUGCAAAACACGCCAAAUAUAGCUAAAGAAAAAGAAAACCGCUUCCACAACAUAGGAAUCAUCAACCAGGGAAUGCUCCGGCCUUAUCUAAAUCCACCAAAAAGGUUAUACCUUCGAGCUCUACCCAUUGACAGCGACGGAAAAAGAAACUUAAUACAUCCAUAUACAGUUUUUAUGCAUGAAGACUUAUUAGAAGCUAAAUAUAAAGAUAGUACUAUUAUAUUAGCUACAAUGAGAAAUAUACCUUCUAUAAUUCAAGAUACAGAAGUGGAAAAUGGCCAUAGAGAAAUCAACGAUCUAUGUGUUGAAAUUGUUCCCGUAAACAAUAUUGUUUUUAGAAGUCUAUGUCGUGAAGUUUACAACAGACAUAUACCGACAGUGCUUAUACCAAAGUCUUUAAAUUCUAUUAUUAAUAUUGAAAUUGGAAUGAGAGUGUAUUUUACUAUAAUAGGAGAUAAUAUAGAACAGCCAGAUCAUGUACAUAUAGUUACUUAUUCCGAAGAAUCACAGAAAGAAGAGGAUAUAAUUGAGAAGUUUAAAAAAUGUGUAAUAGAUAAUACACAUUCCGGUAAAAAGUUUCUUAUCAAUCGUGAUAUGUUAAAGCAAAAUCUUCAGAUUUGCAAUGGAUUUCUACAAUUUAAAUUAAAACCAGAGAAAAUACAAUACACGUUGCUUAAUUCUGAAUCUUUCCGGCAAUGUACUGUAUCAGCGAAAUGUCUUAGUGACACGGAUUUCGAUUUUCCUAAAAUUUCUUCGUCGAGCUUGGAGUAUGAUUGCAAGAAUUACUGUAGAGGGCUGAAGUGUACGGAGGAGUUGGUACAGAAGGUUGUGUCGCAUCUGUUCUUUGAGAUACACAGGGAGGCGACUUUUAAAGAUGUUUCAGAGAUAAAGAGCAAUGUGCUUAUCACUGGUCUUAACGGCACAGGCAAAUCCGCCCUCUGCCACAUAGUCCAAAAAGACCUCACCGUCUGGUCGCACAUACUCCACUGUCGAUCCUUACGAGGCCGAAAAGAUAUUUCCGAGGCCUUAGGCCGCGCUAUACUUAUGUGUCAAGAGAGAAGCCCCUCAGUAUUGAUCUGUGAUGACAUUGAUAGUUUGGUACCUCCGAAUUUAGAAGGAUCUUCGCCCCAAGACAUUGCUUAUUAUCAGAGAUUGGCGGUAGUAAUAAAGCACUUGCUACAAAGUUGCGCAGGCGUCGUUGUGUUGCUGACGGCGACCAGCGUCAGCGAGCUGCACCCCACGCUCCGACAGUUCGGGGGCAAGCCGCUGUUCACUGCACACUUCAAUAUACCGGAGUUACAACAGGAGGAGAGAGUGGAACUUUUCAAACAUCUGAUCAACAAUAAGCUAAGGGAGCAGUUUUUAGUGGAAGAAGAUGAUUUUACCAGACUUGGCGCUGCCACCGCCGGGUUUAGUAUGCGGGAAAUCACUGAUCAUUUGAAUAAGAAAAUAUUCCAAGCUGUCAAGAAAAAGAAAUCUCAUCCAUCCGAACCCGUGCCCCGGUUAGUAGAAAGCGUGAUUGCGUCGGAGAAAAACAACGCGUUUGACAUCUGGGACACUGUUGGGGGAAUGGAGGGAGUUAAGCAGGAACUCACUGAAUGCAUCUUCUGGCCUCUUAUGUACCCGGCCCUGUUUCCGUCCCAGUCAUGUGGAAUUCUUCUAUAUGGAGCCCCGGGCACCGGCAAAUCCCACAUUGGUUCAAGUUUAGCGCGACUUCACAAUAUGAGCCUCGUGGUAGUGAAGGGGCCCGAGCUGCUCUCCAAAUACAUCGGCCAGAGCGAGAAGGCAGUCCGCGACGUGUUUGACAAAGCGGACAUGAAGCGGCCUUGCAUAUUGUUCUUUGACGAGUUCGACAGUCUAGCGCCCAAACGCGGACACGACUCCACAGGCGUCACGGACCGCGUCGUGAACCAGCUGCUGGCACGACUCGACGGCGCCGAGGGCGGCGCGCGCGGUCCAGUCGUCGCUGCGACCAGUCGCCCCGACCUCAUCGACCCUGCGUUACUGCGACCGGGGAGAUUACAGCGGCACAUAUACUGCGCUCCGCCUGACCAGAACGAUCGUUUCGAAGUGCUAAAAACGCUGAGCAAAAACGUGGUCAUCGAGGAAGACGUGGACUUACAACAGCUAGCGGAGGUCACCGAGGGCUACUCACCAGCGGACCUCAAGAGUCUCCUGGUCACAGCGCAACUUGGAUGUUUGGAGAAACAGCUGUUGAGUGGUGUAGAGAAAGACUUGCAGUCAGUGGUGGUGCGGAAGACGGACAUACAGAGCGCGUUAUUGGAGACCAAACCUUCGCUUUCCAACGAGCAGAGGAUCUUCUACGAUAUGAUAUAUCAAAGGUUCAGAGGCGACAAACUGUCCGCAGACCAGAAACUGAUGUCUCGGCAACUGGAGAAGCAGAGAGUCACCUUGGCCUAGUCAAAAAAUAAUAAAAAUUGGUUAUUUCAUUAAUUCAUAGCGCUUCUAGCGGCGGUGCUGGUGGCCUAGCGGUAAGAACGUGCGACUUACAAUCCGGAGGUUGCGGGUUCAAACCCCGGCUCGUACCAAUGAGUUUUUCGGAACUUAUGUACGAAAUACCAGUAGCUUUUCGGUGAAGGUAAACAUCGUGAAACCGGACUAAUCCCAACAAGGCCUAGUUUACCCUCUGGGUUGGAAGGUGCCUACCCCCAUUCUCGGGAUUAGUUGCCAAGCCGACCCCAGGCUCCUAUGAGCCGUGGCAAACGCGGGGAUAACGCGAGGAAGAUGAUGAUGAUUUCAUUAAUUCAUAAAAAUCGGACCGAGUUUGUCAGCUGAAGUAGAUGGCGAUGUACGGCUGUUGUAACACAAACUAAGUCUCAACAAUGAAAGUCAAAUUUAGGUUACAACACUUACAACUGUUACCGCAUAACAGCCGCUAUAUCAUCUGUCAAAUUCGUAGCCCGAAUGUGUCGUAUAUUUACUCAUUUUAUAUAAUCAAUUAAUAUUUGGCUUACUAACAAUCACUUCUACAAAUAUCGAUACGGACAAAGUGUGUAUACACCCAUGUAUUAAGGCGCAGGGCGGACACGAUAUACAUCAAUAAAAAAUUAUACUUCCAAAUUGUUAAGGUUAGCGCUGUUCAUAACUAUUCCAAAUUUCAUAUUGAUAGCUUCAGUAGUACUCGAGAUAUUUAGCAAUGUCAAUGUGACAGACAGACGGACAGUCACACCAUAAGGGUUCCUUUUGUACCUUUUUAGUACGAAACCCUAAAAAUCACUUGCGUUACUAUGUGUGAACGGCACGUCUGUACACGCGUCAUUCGUCAUAAAAUAGUACUUCUUCUUCUUUUAAAAUUAUGGCUUCAGCCCAGUGGGACUAUUUCGCCAGUAUCAAGGUAUUAAGAGGUUUAAAAACGACAAAAAUUGUACGGUUGUACAAGACAGUGUACGGUGAUUUGUUAGCUCUUGUAAAUCGAUAGCUAGACUUUACAAGAAGCACGUGGACUACCGGCCGUUGACUCCAAGAUGGUGGUUAAACGCGCUUCAAAAUUUAAUUCUCCAUUCACUGCACACUACCACAUUAGUUUACUGUAUAUACGAUAUUACACUUUAAACAAUAUUAAUGAGCAAAAAACAAAGUAAUUAAUAACGAUGCUAACUAUCAAGAUGGCGCUCGAACCGGAAGUCCUAAAAUAGUACUGAGCGGCCGGCAAACGGUCGUCAAUCUGCUGUCGCGGGGCGAGGUAAUUCGAGUCGGGGCGGGGCGGUGCGUGGCUGUUCUGUAUGAUAAUACUAUUACUUAUUCUGUGAGUAUAGCAUAUUUUUGGCACUUUGUCCGUAUCGAUAUUCUUAGAUGUCACUGUACUCUAGCUUCCUUACUUACCGUUCGCGCACGAGCUCUUAGAACUCGGGGCUGAGGAAGCAAGAUUGUACGCAAGGAAGGGAAAGUUAACUACCAACUUUCCCUUCCUUCCUUCCUUGUUGGAGCUUAAAUAGGGAAUAUUACGCGAAACUCUGCGAAGGGGGCGCUACUACCACAAUCUGAGGGUCUACCGGGAAACAAAAAAAUCGAAAUUUCGUUAUUUAACCUCUAUCACUUGCAUAUUCGAGCGAUAAAGAGGCAGAUAACUAAAUUUCGAUUUUAGCGUUUCCCGUUAGGCCAUUUGUAAAUAAACCGCCUUGAUGCAUUAAUGUCAUAUUUUAUUAUCUGUGAAAACGUGUCAAAAAACGGUUUAAGACGUAGUAUGCAUAAGUUACUCUAUGGUUUACUAUAGCCGCUAGUGCUGCACUCUGGCAGCAGAACAUUGAAGUAAUACCCCCUAUUGUAGCAAGUUUUAUGUUGUGUUUAGUUUUAAAUCGCUAUUUUAUCUGUGGUGCAAAGUCUAGUCUGUAAGCGAAGUUAUUUAAGCGCAAAGUUUGUUAGGUGAUUUGUAUAUAUUGCAGUUAUUUUUUUAUUUGAAUUAUUUAUUGUUGAAUAUAAUAAAUGAUAA